GUUCUCGACUCCAUCAGCAGAUUUGCAUUCCUCAAGGGACUCUUGCCGGAUUCCAGGGGCGGCGGACAUCAAACGAUUACUGAAAGCCAAGGCAGCACAUGAGCAACGCGUGAAAGUGGUACAAGCUCGAGUGCAGAUCUUGAAGUCCCAAGAGCAACAAAUUUGGAAGGACUGGAUGUAA